AUUGACGAAAACACUGGAAAUGCCAAAUCUCUGACAACAGCUACUGCGGCCAUUUUGGGAAAACUGAAAGAACGGGUUGGCCUUCUAGCCAGACGAUAUGCUGCCCUUAAGAUGGACACACUGGACAAGGCAGAGAGGGCAGCCGAUGAAGCCAACAGGAUUGCCAACGAAGCGCUAGAUAAAGCAGACGGACUAGAAAGCAGUCACGAGGACACAUCCCAGAAGUUAAAGGUCAAACAUAAUGAGACGGAGGAGGCGAUCAGCCUGGCAGGAAGAUUGAAGGAUCGUGCGGAGAAACUCUUUCAGUUCACCAACAUCAAGAUGAUUGAAUUGAAGGGUUUACAAGACAGCCUUGACCGGGGCGAGCAACGGCUGACUACACUCCACAACAAAAUUGGUGGACUUACUGAUCUCAUGGACCAGUACCUUAAUGAAAUCCGAGAAAAGGCCAAAGUUUAUGAAACAUGUUAA